AACUUCCCAACUUCCAUCACUUCCUCUUCAGGUCAUUCGGAUUUGUAAAAUAUCAAAUUGAAGUUGGUGAAGGUGAAACGUCUGAGACUAACUGGAAUUGUCCGCUUGCCGCAAUUCUGCCAAGUUCCUUCACUCGAGUGACAGCUGGUGAUGAGAAAUAAACUUAAAUGCUCUUUUACUAAAUGGCAGAAGAUACAAUUAACUUUGCCAUUGCCAACCCGAAUCCCCUUAACCUGGCCGUUCAUGCAUCUGAAUCACUGCACUAACCGGGACCGCAUUGUACAUUUAUUAUCGUUUGGUGGCGUGAUGAGUUUUCUCAUGUCAACGGGUGCCUUGGAAGAAACAGUAUUCUAUUCUGCUUUUCAAUUUUUUUGGCUGCCCCCUUUUUCCCCCAUUUUGUACAAGUACAAAUGGCAAUCAUUGCAGUUGAGGUAAUCACAUGAAUUGCUGUUGAUAACUUGGAAUAUAAGGAAAGAAAUCAGAAAAACAAAAGGGUACUUUAACACUUAGUGACAAUUAUUUUAAACUCCUGAACGAAAGUUUUACGGUUGAGGAUUAUUUUAUUUCCCAUGAAUUUGUACGAUUGUAAGACGAGUCCUGGCUCUGCUUGAUCACGACAGCCGCCCGUCUCCGCCCCCGAUUACGUCGGAGGCGUACAUUCCUUUGUCCAAGAUGGCGGCGGCACUGUCGUUACAGCUCACCCGUCGCUGACUGGCGGACAUGUUUUGCUUUUCAACCUGCUCUUGGCUUCUUCGUCAAGGGGCAAACGCACGUCGCCGCGGCGAGGUGCAAGUGACGCUUUAGCCAAAGCUGCUCUACACCGCCGGACAUCGAGGAUAUUGUGAGGGCUCGUUGCCGUCUUCCCGCCGACAUGAAGCGGCAGGCCACCAGUUCGCCGCCGCCUCCUCCACUGCCGCCGCUCUCGUCGUCGGCCAGGGCGGCCGCCAAGAGGCACCGGGAAAGCGGCCGACGGGAGGAUCUGGCCCCACCACCGCUGGCCCUGCUACUGGCCAACAGCCGUGGCGGACACCGCAGGAGGAGCCGCAGCCGAGAGCGGGACAAGACGGCGGCCGGGCCGCGGCCUCCCGCCAGGGACUACAAAACGCUGCUCAUCAGCAACGUAAGCCCGCAGGUUCCAGACGACGACCUGGAGGAUGCCCUCUUCCACGAGUUCAAGAGGUUCGGCGACGUAAGCGUCAAACUCUCACAUACGCCAGAACUUGGCCGCAUUGCCUACGUUAACUUCCGGCAUGCGGAGGACGCCAAAGAAGCGCGCCACGCCAAAACGUCGCGGCUACUGCUGGCGGAAAGGCCCCUCAAGAUCGAGCCCGUGUACGUGCGCAGGAGGAGCGUCACGCCGCCCGACGUCACCUACCUGGCUGCCGUGCGUGCCCACGCCACGCACGCCUCCUACCCGCCCUACCGCCAGAGGUCACUGUCGCCACCCGGACCCUCGCUCAGCCUUCGCGAGUUACGCGCACGUACCUAUGCCCUGGAGAGCCUAAGCCGCGAGCGCCUGCUGGACUAUUAUGGGAUGCUGGACGACAGGGGGCGUCCCUACGGUCUGGCGCCUGCCUUACAGCCGCUCCCACUGCAUGACGACCUGAAGCCCGAAGACGACCAGCGUGCGACAAGCAACCUUUUCAUCGGCAACCUGGACGGUGGCGUCACCGAGGCUGAGCUGAGGCAUGGCUUUGAAAAAUACGGGGCCAUCGAGGACGUGGUCAUCAAGAGGCCCUCGCGAGGCCAGGGCGGCGCCUACGCCUUUGUCAAAUUUCAGAAUUUGGACAUGGCCCACCGCGCCAAGGUUGCCAUGCAGGGACGCCUGGUGGGCGGCCAUCCCGUUAAGAUCGGCUAUGGGAAAGCCAACCCCACCACGCGCCUGUGGGUGGGCGGCCUGGGACCCACCAACUCACUGGCUGCCCUCGCCCGCGAGUUCGACCGCUUUGGGAGCAUCCGCAACAUCGACUACGUCAAGGGUGACAGUUUUGCGUACGUACAGUACGAAAGUCUGGAUGCGGCACAGGCGGCGUGCACGCAGAUGAGGGGCUUCCCUCUGGGCGGGGCUGAGCGGCGCCUGCGCGUGGACUUCGCCAAGGUGGAAGAGACUACCACCCGCCCAUUUGUGCCCGUACAGCUGCUGCCCCACUACGAUGCGCCUGGCGACGUCUAUGGCCGCCACCGCAGCCUAGAGCGCGGAGCCAGGGAGCGUGCGUCCCCCCCCUCACAGAAGGAGCGCGAAUUGGCGCCCAGUCCCCCGCGGGGCCUGGACAGGAGGGCAAGCCUGGCGGUGGCAGCGGACGCCUUCGGAAGGAGCGGCAGAGGGCGGAGUCGCAGCAGGGAGCGCUGGCCAAAGGACCGCGAGGAGAGGCGGGUUCGGAGGCGAAGCCGCAGUCUGUCGGCUGAGCGCGAGAAGGGACGGGGCCGCGUGCGGGCAUCGCCCGACCUUAGCCCGGACCGUGCUCGCAUCCGGGCGCCCGACUCAACCACGGAGCCGCGCGACCACACCCCCGACGCUAGGGAGGCAGAGUCUCCGAUCCCACGCCACCGCGGCAGCAAACAGGUCGACAGCCAUCACCACCGCAGCGGUGAGGCCGCCGUGUCACCGACUGUGCCCUCCGGCGCCCCCCUGCCGUGCCCCGGCUCGCUGUCAGAGUAUGCCGCGUCAUCACUGGCUAAGUGUUGGCGUGGCGUGUUUGCGCUGAAGAACAGUAGCUUUCCGGCCCACCUGUAUCUGCUGGAAGGCGGCGCCCCCUUCUUCGGUGCCAUAAUGCGGCGCAACGGUGAGCCACUCAAGAUCGCACAGCGCCUCCGCAUGGACCAGAGUCGCCUGGAGGAGGUGGCGAGGCGUGUGAAGGCGGGUCGGCCCGAUGCCUUCGCUGUGCUGCUAGCACUCCAAGGACCCGUGGACCGGCAGGCUGGUGUCCCUGACACGGGGCUCCAGGUGCGCCUGCUGCGCCACUUGGUGGCCUAUCUGCGCAACAAGGACGCCGCCGGCGUGGUCAGCCUACCCGGCGCCAAGGAGGGCGGCCCGGGCGCCAUGUUGUAUGCCUUCCCGCCGGGUGACUUCUCAGUGCAGUACCUCCAGGCUGCCAAGAGGGCGGCGUCGACUCUGGACGAGGAGCACAUGGUGGUGGUGGUGGUCAAUGACACUAACUGACCUCAAAACAAACUGAAGCUCCGCCCUCCCUAAUCAAUAAUCAGCUAGCAUCUUCUCUUGAAACACUACAGAAACAUCUUUGAACUUUUCAUACUCAAUAGCUUUCAAAUGCGAUUUUAGACACAACACAAAGUCAAAAUGUGAGCUGGUGAAAACAUGUUUCCAUGAUAACCUUUUUAAAGGACUAAUUCUCUUUUUAUGUAUUUUGUUUUUACCAGAUGUCAUGUUAAAAGAAAAUGGUCACCUUCUAAAGCAUCCUUCUUUUUGUCUUUCUUUGUUGACAACAGAAGACUUCUAACAUUAGCUGUGCGAGAUCCGUAGUCCAUCCACCAUUCAGCUGUCCAGCUGUUAAAAGAAAAUGGUCCCCCUCUAUGGCAAUGUUUCCCAACCACUGUGCCGCGGCACACUGGCGUGCCGUGAGAAAUGUUCAGCUGUGCCGUGGGAAAUUGUCUAAUAUUAAUUGCGGUGCGCAUUGUAAAGAGGAUCGCUAAACCACUGGUUAGUGAGUGCAAGGCCGGUCAGCUACUUCCUAAUCGCACGUGCAUGGCGACUCAGAGAAUCUUGAGGUAUCAUGUUGUCGGUCUGAUUGUGCUGCAUCGGCACAUAUUCAGUUUACGUGUGCUGCUGUGCGCGUUUGCGAACUGACGGAAAUCCCUGCAUGCAGUUCAACCAAAGAACUUUGAUUGUGGGUUUUUCACCAACAUAAAGUACACAGUCAAGUCGUGACAGCUGUACUGUGAUAACCACUCAGCUGCUGCCAGAACAGCAGGGCGUCUUUAAACAUGACUUUGUUCUUAUUGUCGCAAUAUUUAUAGAGCUAGUGUAAAACAGUAAACACAGUCAUAUUAUUUCUUUUUUAUUUUAAUCACAAUAGUUUAUUCCUUACACUGUCUAGAACGGUUACUUUUGUUAGAAAAAAGAAAUACAAUUUAAAAAAUACAUUUGUUUUUUUAAUUCAAUUAUUCAGCUCUCUGUCCAUCCGUCUGCCCCAAUAUAGGAAAUGACUAAUUAUAUAGCAAUUUCUCGACGUUUUUCGUUGUGAAAUACCUGAUUUUAAGAUGUGUGCAACACUUUUUCAAAUGAAAAGAUGUGCCGUGGAUGAAAAAAGGUUGGGAAACACUGCUCUAUGGCAUCCUUUUUUGACAACAGAAGACUUCUAACAUUAGCCGUGCCAGAUUGGUUGUCCAUCCACCAUUCAGCUGUUCCCUGAACCUAAAUAUUCAGCAUUAGCCACGUGCUAACAAUACAAACAAUCAUCACAUGUUCUAUUUGCACAUGCUAAUCCAUAUGUGGCAUUAGCAAUGCAAACGAAUAAACAACAUGGUUGACCACCCUUAUCCACAGGCUAAUCCAAAAGUGAUGGCAUUAUACAGAGUCCGGCGAAACGAUCUGACACAUUUGUAGGUUUAAUAAAAUGCAAAUAAAUUACA